AUGUCGCGAUUUGACGUUGAUCUGGACCGUGCUGUCAGGAAGGCGUGUUCCUACGAGGAGACAGCUCCUAAGCGUAAACAUGUUCGUACGUGCAUUGUGUUUACGUGGGAUCACAAAUCGUCUCGCGCUUUUUUCAACGCGAUGAAAACUCAGCCCCUUGGAGAAGAUGAAGUUAGUGUGUUCAAGGCUCUCAUCACGAUUCAUAAAGUUCUUCAAGAAGGCCACCCAUCUGCAAUUGUCGAGGGAAUUAAAAACCGUGAAUGGAUUGAAAGUUUGGGCCGUAUUUAUUCGAUAGGCGGAGGCGAUGGAUAUGGACGCAUCAUUGAGGAGUAUGUCCAAUUCCUUCUUCGGAAAUUGGUCUUCCAUAGAAGCCACAAGGGAUUUAAUGGUACUUUUGAAUACGAAGAGUACGUUUCUCUUGUUACUACUUCUAACCCGGAUGAGGGCUACGAAACUAUUCUAGAUCUUAUGGACCUUCAGGAUGCUCUGGAUGAGUUUUCAAGGGUGCUGUUCGCUAGUAUUUCUAGUGGGCGCAAAAACGAGUGUAAGAUAUCAGCUUUAGUUCCGUUGGUCGCUGAAUCAUAUGGAAUUUACAAGUUUAUCACAUCCAUGAUCCGUGCUAUGCACAAACAAACUGGUGAGGAUGGUGCCAUGGAACCCCUGCACGAGCGCUAUGUUUCCCAGCACGCAAGGCUUUUUGAAUUUUAUGCGGAUUGUUCUGCGAUCAAGUACUUGACAAGUCUUAUCCGCAUUCCUAAAUUACCUACGGAAGCUCCCUCUUUGGUGGACAGCCCAUCUCCUGAGCCGUCGCUCAGUAGGCCAUCCACUCGGAAUUCGGCACGUCGAAGUAUUACCCCUUCGGAAAAACCACCAUCUUUGAAAGCUGAACGUAGUUUCUCAGCAGUCACUCCUUCCCAAACAGAAUAUGUGGCAACUCCUGGUCCUCAAAUAAGUGGAGUGUUUAGUAACGGCGCCUAUAAUAUUCCAAGUUCUCAACCUACGGGGGGAGUUAGCGGGUUUGUACCUUUCAUGUCGUCGCAUCCAACUGGCGUAGUCGGGGGGUUGGUUCCUGUUAUGUCCAGCAAUCCUACGGGUGGGUUAGUUGGGAAUCAAACAGGUUAUUUUGGGAAUGUGGGCUUAGAUACCCCUAAUUCAUUAGAAACCCAAAGGGCACUGGAGCAACAGAGAACAAAUCAACUACUUUUGCAACAGCAGCAACAACAGCAACAACAGCAACAACUUGAACAACAAGCGAUUUUAGAGCGUGAAAGACAGAGACAACUUGAACUUCAACAGCAACAAAGGCAAUUGGAGAUUGAGAGGGAGCAUCAACUUGCUCAACAGCAACAAGAACAAGCCUUAUUUGAGGAAAGGUUGCGGUCGCAGCAAAACAUGUACCAACAAGCGGCUCAACAAGACCAGUAUCAAACCGAUUUGAACGCAUUGAGGGAACAACAUGAGCGUGACCAAAUGGUAAUUCAGCAAUACGACAACCGGGUUUUGGCUCUUGAGAAAGAACUGGAAAAUAUGAAUUUGAACGUUAAUGAACAACUGAGCAACAAGGAAGAACAAGUUAAAACUAUGGAGCAGUGGAAGGAGAAGUAUGACGGUUUGGCUAGACUAUAUGCGCAAUUAAGGCAAGAACACCUUGCUGUUUUAAAAAAAUUGAAAAAGUCGCAGCAGGUCGAAAGCAGCGCCAAAGAAGCCAUUCAUAAAGCUGAGGUAUUGGAACAUGAGAAGGAAGACCUAAGAAGGGAGGUGCAACAGGUAAACCGGGAGAGAGAACGGUUGCAUUGGGAGAGUGAAAAAAAUGCUCGUAAACAAGUAGAAGAAGUACUUGUUGCCGGAAGCAGAGCAGUGGUGGCGAGGACGUCAGCAUCUGAAAGCGCUACGAACCUUGCCAACUGCUUCAACAACUUUAUAGCGGACGGCGCCAAUGGGGACUUUGCUGCUCUGGCAACUAGCAUUGCAGAAUUCACGGUAGCCACGGCAGGCUCCAAGGACGCCCAAGACUUCUUAUGCGCUCUAAAGGACCUAACUGGAACCGAAGAAGAAAUGACGGACAAAGUCAUAGACCUCAACAUUCAUCUGCAGCGUUUGUUCGCGAACCAAACCCUAACUUGA